AUGAAAUUAAAAACUCAAUCCAGUGAAAGUCCAUCUAAAGGAGAGUAAUCUUUUGGCAAAAAUAUUGGAAAUCUAUCCAAAUUGAAUAAUCAGAGCUCUAUUCUGCAAAUAGAAUAACAGAUGCCAGUCACUAACAAUGAUCGAAGUAGAGCUCAGUCAAAUGAUGACUCAUAUUUCGGAGGUAAAAACAAGUUAACUAUGCAGCAAUAAAAAUAUGCGAGUUAACUUGAGUAUGGUGGUUACAACAAUUAACUCAGGAACAAUAGUAGUAUAAACGAAUCAAUGAGUAUCUCGAAGAAUGAAAGUAUGCCUAGAAUUAAAAAUAUAAGGCCUGACCCCACAUCCAAGAACUCUAGGACUAAAUUUAACUAAACAGCAUCAUAAAUUAACGCUCUUAAUUGCACUGUCUCAUCAAUUAAUGGAAUAAAUGACACUCAAAAUAGUAGCUUAAAUGGAGCAGCUUAUGGAAAUCAAAUUAGUAAUAUAUUAGGCUAAGAGAAUGGAAGAAUCAAAAUGCUUAAGCGAUAUACACUUAAAACAAAAGCUGCUAAUGUUCUAUAAAAAAUCGGAUUUCCUUAAAAAAAAUACAAAAUAUAAGAGGAAUUAAGAAAGAUUAAGAAAGAAAUAGGGGGCAAAAUGGAAUCUGAUAACAACGAAUUCUUUGAGUUACUCAAUCAAACAACCUAAUCUUUCUAUAAAACUCUGAAUGAAUCAGUGAUGAAUUAAAAUCCUCCUGAUAUCAGCACUUCUUACUAUGGAUAAUAAUCAGCUGCUAGAGAUUAUAGUGAUGCAGAAGAGACAAAAUACAACAGUACAAGAAAUUUCGAGCGACCAUAAUAUAGGCCAGCAACAUAACUUAAAACUAGAGAUAAUAAGCUUCAGUUCCCAAAUAAUCUAUAAAAAACAAAUAAUGCUGUUAGCUAAAGAGAUACAAGUUUGAAAUCAAAAAAUAAAACACUUGAUAAAGCUAAAAAUUUCUCCAUUCCUGAGGAAGGAUUGAAUACAAUAUCUAACAACAGUCAGUAAAAUCUUAAUACAACAAUAAGUAAUAUCAAAUCAAAAUUGGGUAUCAGACCUAUAACUUCUGUAUAAGAGAGAGGAGGUUCUUCAAUGAAAACUGAUAAAAAUGUAACCAUUAAACUUAAUUACUAUGCUAUAGCAAACAUAUCUGGAAAUGCCCAGAUUCAAACUAUAACGAAGAAUAAUAUCUUUAACAGGCCAAGAGGAGCAACUAUGGAUAGUAUUAGAAAGAGACCUGUCGUUAGACCAAAUAAAAAUCCUAAUGAAUAGUCCAAUGAUAGCUAGAGCAACCUAUUCUAAACACAUCAUGAUAUGAUGAAUUCCAUCUUUGAAGGGACUACUCAAGUAGGGAGAAACAGAUCGAUUUCAGAUGAAAAGAAAACAACUCAAAAUAUGAAUGCAGAAGAUAAGAGCAAUUAGUACCUCGAAAAGAGAUCAAACAGCCGAAUAUCAUUCAAAAGAAGCAGAGUCGAUCUCUACAAUCAGAAUAUGAUUUAGCAAUUUGAAAGAUAAUUCGAUUCUAUUAGAGGAUCAAUUGGAGGAGAGAGAAUAUAGUAUAUAAAAAGUUAAAUAGUAUAAGCAUAUGAAAUUGCUUAGUUCCCAAUGUAUUAAAUAGACGAGAGGAAAACAUGCUUGAUUGACAUUUGGAAUACCAUUAUAGAGACAAUAAAAUAGAGCAAUGAUCUCUCAACUUUUGAAUUACUAUUUUCAACUUAGAGAGUCCUAGGGAAUUUCUACCUAGACUUCAAAGACUUAAAUGAAGCAGUGAGGGUAUACAAAUCAUUGAAAAUUUUAUGCGAAGACUUCCAAAAGUAUAAGGAGAAGAUGCAUGUUUAUGAAUAAAUUGGAUAUGUUUACAGGCUAAUGAAAGAUUCUGAAAGUGCAGUCAAAUAAUUCAAAAAGCAGUUGUAAUUAGCUUGGCAAGAGGGAGAUACUCAGGUGGAGGUAAAUGCAUAUGAUAACCUUAGUAUUGAUUACUUCUAUCUUGGUGAGUUAGCCAAAAGCAACUACUAUCAUGAUAGAAUAAUGAGAGGGAAAACAGAAAAUAACAAAUCUAUUGUUAAAAAGGUUUCUUGUAACUUGCUGGUCUCUCGAAGAGAACAUAGACAUAAUAUAGAGCUGAGGAAAAAUGGAGAGAAAUAAAAGACAAUGGAAUAAUAGAGAUUACCUUCACCCUCAGCCAUAAGCAAAGGUGCUUAAUUCUCUAAAGCUAUUAAUCUUUUACCUCACUAUACUGAGUCUUAGGCACUUGGAAUUAAGGAAGAAGAAGAUGAAGAGCUUAAUUACUCCAAGUAAAGAGGUAAAACUACUGAUGGCAGAUCGCAAGGUAAAAAAUUUACUUAGAAAGAGUUAUUGCACCUUAACAAACUACCCUAGUAUGAAUAUCUUAAGACAUAAAUUGAGAAAAAGACCUUUGUUAGCAAGAAAAAUUUCUAUACAAAGCUUUAAUAAGCUGAAAAUAAAGGUGUUUACAGACAAGAGGAACCUGUAGAUUAUAAACCCUUUGAUGAAGAUAGAUUUAGAGACAUUGUCUCCUAUGCAUUAUAGAAAAAGGAAACCUCACAUACUACUGAUGAUAAGAGGAACAUUUCACAUAUGAGUGUGCACAGAACUGCCCCCUUAAAUGUCUUUAAUCCAAUCAAAAUUAUUGAAAGUCUAAAGAGGACAAUUGAAGCAUAUGCAGCAAGAUUAGUUUAACUCGCAGCUAUGGAUAAACUAAUUAAGUAAAGAGACUCUCCAACCUAAAAAAUGUUGUGA